AUAUUUUUUUUUAUCAUUCAAAAUUCCCUUUCUUAAUUUUAUUUUUUCACCAUCGCGACGCUUACGGCCUCUCUCAUCUUCUCUCUUUCUGCCCUAUUGGAUUUCUUUGCGAUUAUCUCAAUCUAGGGUUAGGGUUUCGGUUUCGGUUUCGGUUUGGCUGUCUUUUUUUUUUUUUUUUUUUUAAUUUCUUUGGCGAUUAAUUAAAUAGCUUGCUGAGAGAGUAUGGGAGGAGGCAAUGGAGCUGUAGAUGAGGUCAGUGAAUCGAACGGCGGUGGGGAUGAAGUCACCGUCAAUAUCAGAUGUUCCAAUGGAUCAAAGUUUUCGGUUGGGAUAAGCCUAUCCUCGACGGUUGAAGCGUUUAAGGCCGUACUUGCGGGGAAGUGCGAUGUGCCGGCCGAUCAACAGCGGCUGAUUUACAAGGGUCGGAUCUUGAAGGACGAUCAAACACUGCAUAGCUAUGGCUUGGAGGCAGAUCACACUGUCCACUUGGUUCGUGGUUUUUCACCAGCUGCAGCAGCCAAUACAGCUCCUGCUAGCAAUAAUGGAGCUUCAAAUACUGCUUCAACUAAUACACAGGCUGUUGGUUCCAAUGAAGGUGGAGCACUUGGAGGAUCUGGUUUUGAAGCCUCACUAUUUCCAGGACUUGGUUUAAAUGGCUUGGGUGGCAGUGGUGGUUUGUUUGGAGCUGGACUUCCAGAGUUUGAACAGGUGCAGCAACAAUUGACUCGGAAUCCUAACAUUAUGAGAGAAAUCAUGAAUAUGCCAGCCAUUCAGAAUCUAAUGAAUAAUCCAGAAAUCAUGCGGAACUUGAUAGUGAACAAUCCACAAAUGCGUGAAAUCAUUGAUCGAAAUCCCGAGCUAGCUCAUAUACUCAAUGAUCCUAGCACUCUCCGUCAAACACUUGAAGCAGCAAGAAACCCUGAACUUAUGCGUGAGAUGAUGCGCAACACUGACAGAGCAAUGAGCAACAUUGAAUCUUCACCUGAGGGAUUUAACAUGCUUAGACGCAUGUAUGAAACUGUUCAGGAGCCAUUUUUGAAUGCAACCACAAUGGCUGGAAAUGCUGGAGGUGAUAAUGCAAACCCAUUUGCGGCUCUCCUGGGGAACCAAACAAGGAACCAAGCUACUGAUGGGUCAACUAAUCCAUCAACUACUAGUUCUGAGUCAACCACUGGUUCCCCCGCUCCAAAUACCAAUCCACUGCCCAACCCUUGGACUGCUGCGGGGACUGGUGGUGCCCAAACAAACACUACAGGGUUGAAUACUGCUGGGGAUGCUAGGCCGCAGCAGGCACCUGCUGGACUAGGUGGACUCGGCCUUCCUGAGUUUGAGAACAUGUUUGGUGCUAUGCCUGAUGCUAAUGCAAUGAGUCAGAUGUUGCAAAAUCCGGCAAUUUCACAAAUGAUGCAAAGUCUCCUUUCCAAUCCCCAGUACAUGAACCAGAUUCUUGGUGCUAAUCCUCAAUUUCGCAGCAUGCUUGAUUCAAACUCUCAAUUUAGAGAAAUGAUGCAAAACCCGGAAUUUCUUCGUCAAUUGACUUCUCCUGAGACGAUGCAGCAACUUUUGAGUUUCCAGCAAGCUCUGCUGUCUCAGCUUGGUCGGCAGCAGUCAACUCAGGAACCAGGUCAGACUGGUGCAGGAACAGGAACACCUAAUAAUAUGGGUUUAGAGAUGUUGAUGAACAUGUUUGGUGGCCUUGGGGCUGGCAGCCUUGCUGUUCCCAACAGAUCCAAUGUGCCCCCAGAAGAACUUUAUGCAACCCAGUUGUCACAGCUUCAAGAAAUGGGUUUCUUUGACACACAAGAGAAUAUACGGGCUCUAAUUGCUACUGCAGGGAAUGUCCAUGCCGCAGUGGAGCGACUUUUGGGGAAUUCUGGUCAGUAAUUUAUUUACAUUCUAUUUUAUCUGGUUAAUGUCCAUUUGGACUGCUGAACUUUGUCAGUCUAGACCCGAGUUGUAUUCAAGCCCUCUUUUUGGGUAUAAAUAAUUUCAAUUAUGUUAGUUAGGGCUGUGAACAUUCUUGGUUUGUCUGAUCACAGAAUGAUCUUAUCUCUCAUCGUCUCUCUCCCUCCUCCCUUAGUGAGGGUUAUCAGUCCAGCGUGUCUUGUACAUACUUUAUAUUUAGAUUUGUUAUGUGAAUUGUCUGCAAAGUUUCUUGAA